AUGAUAGAUGAGUUGGGGAUAUAUUUUCUGCUAUAUGACCGAGCUGGGUAUGGAGAGAGUGAUCCAAAUCCAAAUCGUUCAGUGAAGAGUGAAGCCCACAUUGAAGAACUAGCCGACCAAUUACAGCUUGGAUCAAAAUUUUAUGUGAUUGGAGUGUCAAUGGGGUCAUAUUCUACCUGGAGUUGCCUCAAAUACAUACCACCAGAAAUGGCUCCCUUCAACUUCUGUCAUGGAAAAAAUCCGGUAUUCUUCAACACUAGAGACAUUGAUGCCCUCAAAACAGCCCCAGGCUUCCCAAUGCACACUAAGGACAAAUUACGGCAAAAAGGGGUUUUCGAUACCCUGCAUAAUGACUUUAAAGCAGCUUUCAGUCAUUGGGAUUUUGAUCCAAUGGAUCUAAGUAAUCCAUUCUCCCAAAAUCAGAGUGCCGUUCACAUUUGGCAAGGUUAUGAAGAUAAGGUUGUGCCAUUUCAAUUGCAAAGAUACAUUUCAUUGAAACUACCCUGGAUUCAGUAUCAUGAAGUUCCUGAUGGUGGGCAUUUGAUCAUCCAUUAUGCUGGUUUAUGUGAAACCAUCCUCAGGGCACUUUUGCUCGGUGAAGAAUUACUUCGGUACAAACCUAUUACAGCCUAUCACUUCCCUAAAGCAGAGAAGCUUGCGUCUAUACAUUCUUCUUAUAUGCUAUUUCAUUGCAAUGCGGAAUAA